GCUCGCUCCGCUGGCUAAACUCAUAUCGAGAGUGCCGUGUGCAAAGACUCUGCCCAAAAGUAGUGGAGAUGCACGGCCGGCGUCUAGUCAUUCGCUGUUGCAGCACUCGUCGAUAUCGAACCGUCUUCUUUCCGACCUCUGGACCCUAAGCAGAUAAAUAGUGAGACAAAAUGCCGUUCAAGCCAGUCGAGCAUCCAAAAUGCCCCAAAUGCGGCAAGUCCGUGUACGCCGCUGAGGAGCGCGUAGCCGGUGGCCUCAAAUUCCACAAGAUGUGCUUCAAGUGUGGACUGUGCAACAAGUUGUUGGACUCGACCAACUGCACCGAGCACGAGGGUGAGCUCUUCUGCAAGGUAUGCCACGCGCGCAAGUACGGCCCCAAGGGCUACGGCUUCGGCGGUGGCGCCGGCUGCCUCAGCAUGGACACUGGCGAGCACCUGGAGGGCAAGCCCGAGGAGGCAACCAGGAACGGUCACACCAACGGAGUGGUCAAGACCGGCAAGAUCAAGGCCCCUGAGGGCGAGGGUUGUCCCAGGUGCGGCUGCAUUGUCUACGCUGCCGAGCAGAUGCUGGCCAGAGGAAGGGGUUGGCAUUCCUUUUACUGUCCUCGAUGCAGUCCCCAAUUAAUGCGUAGGAACCAGAAUGAGAAGCCUUUGCCGUCAAAAUCGACAGAUGGCUCAUUCCUGUGGUUGCCUACCAUUUUGCAAGCCAUGCGGGAGAAGCACGAGGUACAGGGUAGAGACACCUUUAGGCCACCACCCUUAUCACAAGUUUGCUACGGCAAGAGGUUUGGCCCCAAGGGCUACGGCUACGGCCAGGGUGCUGGUGCGCUGCAGUGCGACGUGAUGCUGGAGGAUGGCUCCAACGCGCCCGUCGCUCCUAAGACCACCCUUGUGGACACCACGAGCAUCAAGGCACCCCCUGGACAGGGUUGCCCACGCUGCGGUGGCGUAGUCUUCGCCGCCGAGCAGGUCCUCGCCAAGGGCAGUAUGUGGCACCGUAAGUGCUUCAAGUGCCGCGACUGCACCAAGACGCUGGACUCGAUCCUCGCUUGCGAUGGCCCUGACAAGGAUGUCUACUGCAAGACCUGCUAUGGCAAGAAGUGGGGCCCCCACGGCUACGGAUUUGCCUGCGGCUCUGGCUUCUUGCAGACCGAUGGCUUGAACGAGCAGCAGAUCUCUCAGCUGCGACCGUUCGCAAAUCCGGACACAACCUCGAUCAAGGCUCCUCUGGGCCAGGGCUGCCCCCGUUGCGGCGGCAUGGUCUACGCUGCCGAGCAGCAACUUGCCAAGGGCACCAUGUGGCACAAGAAGUGCUUCAACUGCAGCCAGUGCCACCGUCCCUUGGACUCGGUUCUGGCCUGCGACGGCCCGGACAAGGAGAUCUACUGCAAGGCCUGCUACGGCAAGAACUUCGGCCCCAAGGGCUUUGGCUAUGGCCACUCCCCCACCCUGUUCUGUUCCAGUGAAAAUACCACUGCCCCACGACCCCAGCAGAACAUUGGACCUUUGGCCCCUGAAGGUCAAGGAUGCCCUAGAUGUGGUCAAAUGGUCUAUGCAGCGGAACAGAUGAUCAGCAAGAACAAGACUUGGCAUCGUCGCUGCUUCACCUGUGGUGACUGCAACCGCUCUUUGGACUCGACCACCCUGAACGACAGCCCUGACGGAAAUAUUUACUGCAAGUCUUGCUACGGCCGCCGCUAUGGACCCAAGGGUGUGGGUUACGGAAUGGGCGCUGGCGUUUUGUCAAUGGCUUAAACUCGUAUACGCAUUGAACCACGAUUGGCACACAAGUUCACUGGAUUUGAGAUUGUGAAGGAGAGCAUGGACAAAACGUCUCUCAGCUAGCUGGACAAUUUUUCACGUUCUUUAAGGUUUAUAAGCACCACAAUUUAGAGGGGCUGAUUGAAUUUUCUUUGCAGUCUUUUCAAUUUUCACUGUGCAAUCAUUAAGUUACUGUGAUUUUUCAAUAGUUAGAUUUUUUUAAAUGUUAAAGGAGAUCUGAAGCACAAAGUCAAACCCUGUAGAGACCAUUAGCAAUCCAACACACUGUUUCAUAGUUUUGUAUUCUGGCAUGGUAGAGGGAGGUUUUAAAUUAGUCCCUUAUCCAAACCGUCCUAUGUGGGGGUGAGAUUCCAGAACUUGACACAUCCCAAAUUUUGAUAGAAUCUUGCCCUUGCUGAGCACUGCAAGAAUUUAUUUUUUUGCAAUACUCUUUUGCAGUGCUCGUAAAAUUUCUACGGAAAAAAGUGUGAUUUCCACACAUUUUUUGUAUUUUUUAUCAGAAGAUCAUGAAAAAUCCAAAAAUCUACAAAAACAACGGAAAAAGGCAGGGAGCUCAAAUAUCUGCACUUAAGUGUUGUUUCCAGGUUUUUCGAUUUGCGUGGUUUGAUCAAUAAAGACUAACUUGUUACUUGCAACAUGUGACAGUUGACAAUAUAUACGCUGAAUAAAUAUACACAAUACUAUAUAAUAUGUUAUCUAGGUAAUGCAUAGUUAACAGCGCUUUUAGCAACGACUACUAAAUAUAAUUGGGCACUAGAUCCUAGAUCGAAUAGCUUACUGUGCAUUUUAUCAGAACUGUAACACUGCGAUGUAAUCCAAAUUAUUUUAUUUUCUGUGUAUCGUGUUGUUCGGCAAUAAAAUAAAAUUACGCGUCAAUAA